GGUGUUAAACACAAGAGAAGAAGACGUACCAAAACAUGCAUGGUGAAACAUAUGCAGAGUUAGUUGUACUGUAAAAUAAAUGGCUUUCUUGCUGAUUUCGUUCUAGAUCGCUUGUUUGAUUUGGACGCGUUGAUUAUUUUGUAACUUGAACCUGAGCAGAUGAAUCUUAACAAGAUCAGUGUCUUGAACAAGCAUGUGUUUCUAUGCAAACAUGUCUUAAGUAGGUGGUACAUGAACUUUGCUAAAUGUAAACCAAUCAGAUUUCCUCAGUGUACUUCAAAAUUAGCUGCUACCAUCAUACCAUGCUCAAGACAAAGUUUAAAGACUGGGGUUGCAGUUCCAGUCCUACCAGCAAGAGCUUUGUCUUUGACAGCUUGCACGUUCAAGAGCAAAACUCACAGCACAGAUAACAACCUAGAGGAAGAAGAAGAUGAAAUUGAUGAAGCUGAAAUAGAGGAGCUGUUCCAGCAGCAGAUCCCCACAGGUAUUGGUAAAGAAGACCACAGGAUCUUCAUUGUUCAUCCUGAUGUGAAAUGGGGCAGCAGAAAGCAGUAUCUGACCACAGCGGCACUUCAGAUGGAAGAGGCUGUUGGGCUGGUGAACACUUUACACAAAUGGAGCGUCGUUGACAAGCUCAUCCUUUCCACGAAGACACCAGAAAAUAAAAGAAUUUUCGGCAAGGGAAACUUCCAGACUCUUACAGAAAAGAUCAAAGCUACACCUGGGGUCACAGCUGUCUUUGUGAAUGUGGAGCGUCUUUCACCUUCCUCGGAAAAAGAACUGCAGGAAGCCUGGGGAGUAAAAGUUCUUGAUAGAUACUCACUUGUUCUGCAUAUUUUCCGAUGUAACGCUAAAACAAAAGAGGCCAAACUGCAGAUCUCUUUAGCAGAGAUUCCCUUGCUCAGAUCACGCCUGAGAAAUGAAGUAGCAAACUUAGACCAGCAAGGUGGUGGCUCAAGGUACAUUAUGGGCUCAGGUGAAACCUUGUAUGAAGUGCAGCAGCGAUUGUUGAAAGAGCGAGAGCUGAAGAUCCGAUCGGCCCUGGAGCGACUUAGGAAGAAGAGGCACCUGCUGCGCUCCCAGCGCAAACACAAAGACUUUCCUAUCAUCUCUGUCAUGGGCUACACCAACUGUGGUAAAACAACUCUGAUUAAAGCACUGACUGGAGAUGCUGGUCUUCAGCCUAAAGACCAGCUCUUUGCCACCCUGGAUGUUACAGUACAUGCAGGACAGCUGCCAAGUCACAUGACUGUACUGUAUGUAGACACCAUUGGCUUUUUGUCCCAGCUCCCUCACCAGCUUAUUGACUCUUUCUCUGCCACACUGGAGGAUGUGACACAUUCUGACCUCAUAAUUCAUGUGAGAGACAUCAGUCAUCCAGAAACUGUCAAUCAAAAGGUCAAUGUUCUGAACGUCUUAAAGAAUCUUCAGAUUCCAGAAAGACUACUCAACUCCAUAAUAGAGGUGCACAAUAAGAUUGACCUCAUUGAAGGAUAUGAGGCCAGCAAUCCUGAGGUUACCCCUAUAUCAGCUCUAAAACAACAUGGACUGGAGGUAUUAAAAGAAAAGAUUGAAGAAGCUGUUGUUAAGUAUACUGGAAAACAAACUAUGACCCUCAAAGUGCAGCUCAACACCCCUCAAUUAGCUUGGCUGUAUAAGGAGGCGACAGUUCAGGCGGUAGAUGAUGUUGGAGAUGACUGCACCGCCAAUGUCAAAGUCAUCAUUAGCCAAGCUGCAUAUGGCCGCUACAGGAAGCUGUUUCAGGUCACCUAGUAACAGCCGGCCCCUGUUUCACGGCCAGGAUGACAUCAUCCAAAAAAAAUUCACACAAUAGUUAUGUGUAUAUAUUUAUUUGCUUUAUAAACAGUGUACUUAAAAUAUCUCAAAACUAUAUUUUACUACAAUAAAAUCGGACAUUAGGAAGCAAAGUUGAUUUGUGUUAAUAUAAACAAUAUUGUUAUAAAAUUCAUGUAUGCUGUCUAUCAAAAAAUGUUCAUUAAGCAGCAUACAGAUACUGUAAAAGGCACAAGUAAACACACUGAGGAUAAAAUAUUGCAUUUAGGAGUCAACCUGCACACACUUUUAAGCAGGGUUCACACUGUUCGAUUUUGGCCGUCUUAAGACAAAUUUUGCGAAUCCUAAAAGAUUCCUCAGAUCCUAGGCCAAAAUCUUUGAUUCUUAGUUUGACAUGUUCACCGACAGCCAAUUAAUGACUAUUGCCUCUGGCAGUGUCAGAUUUGACGCACAGUCCUGUAGUGUGAUUUCUCCUCCGACAACCAUCAAGUCAAAAACCAAUAGGAGUGCAGAAUCUGACGCAAUUAGUGAGACAACAACAAACCACCACUUGGUCCACACACAAGUCUUCGUUUUUUCCAGUUUUCUUUACAAGAGAAUUGUUGAAUGAUUGUUUGCUAGCUACCAUUUCUAUCCCACAUGUAAAUGCAGUUCACGUCACUGUGCGUGUCACAGAUUUAUGAUAUAAAACUCCGGACGAGACCUUACAUCUAAAGUCAU